CAGCUAGAACAUACUUGAGUGCUGGCUGCAACAAGUCUCUGAGCUGCUCUUGAGAUACCAGCUCGAAAAGCGAAGGCUUGAGAGUAUCGGCUCCGACGUUAUUGAAGAACUCCAUAAGUUGCGUUGCUUGCUUGGGGUCAACCCGCGUCCUUCAUCGUUGGAAGACGCGUGUCACGACUCGGCUCCCUGCUACAUACUGUAUUUGUCACAUAUAUAAAAGCCUAUUGUAGCGAGAUUGAAUUCAUCAAGCAAUAAUACGAUAUCUUAUCCUACAUGAUUCUACAGCAAGGCCUGACUCAGGCCGGGUUCUUGGCGCAGCACUCAGGGAUCAACAUCGGCUUCAUUGCAAGAAUACGUUUCCAGCGCCAUCCAUGUUCACCGGAUUCCAUUCCAUGACUCAAACAGACGCCGAGCUAGCUAAUCUGUCGCUGCAUGAAGAGCGCGACUAUCGAUUCACGUCCUUUUCUGCAUCCGAUGCUGUAACUCUGGGCUUGUCGAUUCGAAAAAGAUUCCGCGGCUCUUCGCGCCAUGUCAAGGGCAAGGGUCUGGUGAUAUCUAUUCAAACUAUUGCGGGGCAUACCCUUUUCUCUUGUACAGUCGGCGAUCUGGGCCACCCUGACGGCGUAGGCGAUGUCAGUCUAGACAGCUGGGCCUGUUUGGAGGGGAUGAUUAGCGUCGUUCGCAGGACAGGACACUCGAGCUUCUAUGUUGAGAAAUCGAUGAGUGCAAUGGGGAAGACACCCAAGCAGAUGGGUAUUCAGGGAGAUUUUCGUGUAAACGGAGGAGCGUUUCCUAUAUGGUUGCAGAAUGCACCUUGUUGUCCUAUUGGCGUAGUUGCCUGUUACUCUGGCUCUUCACAAGAAGACCAUAUCUUGGUCGUGCACACCGUCCGCGAUUAUUUGGCCAAGCUCAUGAGGCCAGCCGGUACCGGGACACCAGGACCAGAAUCGAUCCCUUCAAUGGUCAACGUUCCACCUCCCAACCGCGAGAGCACUGAAUGGGACCAUGCAACCACUGACUAUGGACCCUCAGAAGCACCUUACCCGUCGCAUACUUAAGCUAUCAGUUGGAUACAAGUUGACUCAUUGGCAGGAUGAUUACAUCUUGGCGACAUCAUCAAGCCGGACUACUUCGAAAGGGAACGGAAUGGAUUGUAUAUAUGAGAGAUACAUAGGAUUU